AUGGAAGACACAAGCAUUGAGACUACCUCGGGGAAGCGCAAGCGUGGUAGGCCCCGAACAUACUCUACAACCAAGGCCAAAGCCGCAGCAGAUGUAAAACGCAAGCGAGCGGCAAGGCAAGACGCUUCCCAUGCACAGCGCAAUGUUGUGCAUACAAGCUUCUAUCAACCAGUCGCAUCUUUGCAAGCAGCAGAUGUUUCCAAUGGCUUCCAUAUACUAGCCGAUUCAACUAAUAUACCGCCACCAGAGGAAAGGGACAUAUCACAGUUCCUCGCCGCAGUUGAUUACCAGCUGGAAGAGGGCGUGCAAGCGCAAGUAACGCUCGAUGAUGGAACUCCCGCAGGCGCUGUAGACUCCAGUCCUCCGGUGGACUAUAUUGGUCCUGAUUUAGAUGAGGCCAUCGGCUUUGAUGCACCUCAUGAACCCUCACCCCAGCCAGAGGAUGAUGAACGAGGCCCAGUUGAGCACCUCACACAGAAGCUGGCAGAGCAACUCACCAGGUUCCAAGGAUGCUGCAACGACUGCCACCAGACAGCGAAAGAGUGUCGCAUACAAAGCUCGGCCGAACAGAUCAGCCUUGCCCAAUAUCUGGAGUCUACUGCUGGGUUAGGCGCGGACGUCCUCAGCAGCAUGACCCUCGCAGGCGGGGAAGAUGACCUAGCCAGAAAGGUCAACGCCGAGUGUAGAAAGAAGAUCUUCUGCGGCGUCGAUUCCGAGUCUGAGGCGCCGCUCAUCUGCCUAGACAAGGACGAGAAAGUCUCGCGCACCGCAGGCGUUACCUUUGACGUCGUGGAUAGCAUCAUUGGUUUCCCAAGCAGCCUGUCCGUUGCCAAGCGAGGUAUUCGCUGGUCCCCUACGAGGAUGACUGUGUCAGAUCUACAGUCUGACCUCCAUCUACGGUCAUUCCCGGUGACAUAUUUUGACGCAGAGGGGGUGCAGCGUCAAGUCCACCGGCCUGGGGUAAAAGCCGAAGUGACAGAUACCAAGAGCUAUCACAUGAGUAUACUCCUGCAUGAUCGAGUGGCGCGGGGCUUGGGUGAUAUGAUGUCGGUUGCGGUUCCACGGGCGCAUCCACUUUUUCGACUUGAAGGCGAUGACCCACUGGAUAUACCCGGGGUGCUGGGGUUCGAGUGGGUUAUGAAAGUAUAUGACCGCGGUGGUAAGGAUGAGGCCGGGCUCGAGAAUGAGAUGGCGCGACUCCUCUUACUCCGGGCUACGGCGAGAGAUGGGAAAUGGGAGGGCGAUGUUAUUAUUCCUCUUAUGACGGAAGAGCGGGCACUACGACCGGAUGGUAGGAGGGAGAUUGUGGAUGCGGUCAGGGCAGAGGGAAAGAACAGGUCGUGGUUUGACGCAAUAGGAGCUCGAGCAUUAGGCUGGAGUUAUGAAGGAUAA